CAAAUCAUGAAAGCCCAGGAAACAGGGUCCAGGCCCAUUCGAAGCUUUCAACUUCUGCGAUCGUCUUCUUGUGCCAGCGAAGAAAAGAGAAAUUCCCUGCACAGAGAGAAACUUCGCUCCAAUGGCUCAGAUUCCGAACCUAGAUAAUGCUCCUCUCAAUCUCACAUCUCUAAGAGAACAGUCACAGAAGGAGCUCCUAAACAUUCUCAAGAAUAUUCGAGGGAAAAAGUGCUUGGUUAUUGAUCCGAAGCUCGGGAGUUCUCUCUCAUCGAUCAUACAAACAUCGCUUCUUAAGGAACAUGGGGUUGAGUUGCGGCAUCUUUCAGCUGACCCCCUUCAAACUGACUGCAUCAAAGUGGUUUUCCUUGUUCGUUCUCAGCUCGAUUUAAUGAAAUUCAUAUGUUCGAAUGUUCACGAUGAUGUAUCAAAGGGAUUUCAAAGGGAAUACUUUGUUUAUUUUGUCCCUCGCCGCACAGUUGUAUGUGAGAAGAUCCUUGAAGAGGAAAAUGUUUAUAGUUUGAUGACUAUAGGGGAGUACCCAUUGUACAUAGUUCCAUUGGACGAGGAUGUAUUAUCAUUUGAACUCGACCUUGCUUAUAAAGAAAGCCAAGUUGAUGGUGAUACAAGCUCUCUUUGGCAUAUCGCUAAAGCAAUUCACAAGCUUGAGUUUUCUUUUGGAGUGAUACCAAACGUGAGAGCCAAAGGCAAAGCAUCAGUGCGUGUUGCAGACAUUCUAAACCGUAUGCAAGCAGAGGAACCUGUUAACUCACCUGAUAUGGUUGUGCCAGAGAUAAAUACACUCAUCCUUUUAGAUAGGGAGGUGGACAUGGUUACUCCUAUGUUGUCUCAAUUAACAUAUGAGGGGCUAAUUGAUGAGUGUCUGCAUGUCAAUAAUGGUUCUGUGGAGCUGGAUGCAUCUAUCAUGGGUCUCCAACAAGAGGGAAAAAAGAUAAAAGUUCCACUUAAUUCAAGUGACAAGCUGUUUAAGGAGAUACGGGAUCUCAACUUCGAAGUUGUUGUCCAGAUUCUACGUCAGAAAGCAACAUCCAUGAAGCAGGACUACACAGAAGUGACAACAACUACACAGUCAGUUUCUGAAUUAAAGGACUUUGUCAAAAAGCUGAACUCGUUGCCAGAAAUGACUAGGCACAUAAAUCUUGCUCAGCAUCUGUCGACAUUCACAUCAAAGCCAGCCUUUCUUGGGCAACUUGACAUGGAACACACAAUUGUUGAGGCACAGAGUUAUGACAUAUGCUUUGAGUACAUUGAAGAAUUGAUCCAUAAGCAGGAGCCUCUUGUCAAUGUCCUACGCCUUCUCAUCUUAUUUUCCAUUACAAGUUCUGGGUUGCCCAAAAAGCAGUUUGACUAUUUGAGGAGAGAACUACUCCACAGCUAUGGAUUUGAGCACAUGGCGACACUGAAUAAUUUAGAAAAAGCUGGGUUGCUCAGAAAGCAGGAGUCAAAAAGCAACUGGCUGACAAUUAAACGUGCUCUACAACUUGUUGUUGAGGACACUGAUACAGCCAACCCGAAUGAUAUUGCCUACGUAUUUUCUGGAUAUGCACCUCUUAGUAUCCGUCUUGUUCAGCAUGCUGUGCGGUCUGGAUGGCGUCCUAUAGAAGAAAUCCUGAAGCUGCUACCAGGACCACAUUCAGAAACAAAAAGGGGCAGAUUCUCAAGCAGUCCAUCAUAUGACACCUUGCAGGCUUCAGCUAAUAUAGACAAAGUUGCUGAUGGAAGGCGGUCUCUAGUUCUCGUUGUCUUCAUUGGAGGCAUAACAUUUGCAGAGAUUUCCGCUCUUCGAUUUCUCAGUGCUCAGGAAGGGAUGGCAUAUGAUUUGAUUGUUGGGACAACCAAAAUUGUCAGUGGGCAUAGCUUAGCUGAAACAUUUGUAGAGAGGUUGGGCUAAGGUGAAAUUUUUGUUUGUUUUUUCUUUUUCUUUUUGUAAAGUUUUACUGGCUAUGAGAGUAGAAACUGAGGGUUGUUGGCCUGACUUGAAGCCCUUGUAGGGCAUGUUGAACUGAUUAUAUAUCUGUUAGCUUGUUGAGAGUAGCGUGUACGGUUUUCUGGCUUCACCUUUUCUGUAUUGAUUUUGCGAGGUCAAAUCCCAGCAACCCUUGGAAGGAAUUAUUUGGUUUGAAUUGGAAGAGAGUAUUUCCACAUUGUUGUGAUUA